AUGCCCGUUACGAUCUCAGCCGUCGGGGGAGCUCAAACCGCGAUCGUGCGUCAUGCUGCUGCCUUAACACUCUCUCCCGAAUCAUCGAAUCACCCGUCGUUUUCGACGACGGCUUUAAUCCUGCCAUCGCUCACUUCAUACGCUCCCAAACGGCCAAUCGAUCCGUCUGCUCUUUCUCAUCUCUCUCAUUUAAAAUGGGCCGACUCUGAUCCUACCAGUGCCGAUCCUAUUCACGUCCUCAUCGGUGCUGAUCUUUACAGCGAACUCCUUCUCGACGGCGUCCAGAAAGGACGAGCUGGUCAACCCAUCGCUCAAAACUCUUUGUUAGGAUGGAUAAUCUCCGGUCCGGUUUUCUCUGACACAGAUCAAACUUCUCUUCACCUCUCCGUUCAUUGUACCUCGUUAACAUCGCUCGGUGAAGAACUAAAAAGAUUUUGGGAGAUCGAAGAGCCUCCUCAAGUUCAACUGUCGACUCCGCUCGAAGAGCAAUGCGAGUCACAUUUCCGGUCGACUCACUCUCGCUCCGCUGACGGACGCUACGUAGUCAGGUUGCCAUUUAAAACCGAUCCUCCGAUCGACAUCGGUCAUUCGAGAUAUAAGGCAGAACGCUUACUUCAAAGCUUAAUCCGUCGGUUUCACUCGCAGCCGACCUUAAAAAAUGAUUAUUGUGCCUUCAUGCGUGACUAUGCCGACCUCGGGCACAUGAGACCAGCUCCGGCGUCAAGCACGCCGCCUAAUCAAACGUACUUCGUUCCCCAUCAUCCGGUUUUUUGCGCCGACAGUACCACAAGUAAAAUCCGCGUCGUGUUCAAUGCAUCGAGCGUCACGUCAAACGGCUCUUCAUUGAACGACCAUCUUCACGCCGGCCCAAAACCCCAACUCGAUUUACCUGCCAUUAUUCUGAAAUGGCGUCAAUUUCGAUACGUAUACUCCGCGGACGUCGCGAAAAUGUACCGACAGAUUCUCAUUGACGAGCGCGACAUCGAUUUCCAAAGAAUUUUGUGGCUCGGGCACAAUAGCGUGGCGCCGUGUGAAUAUCAGCUGCUUACGGUCACGUAUGGAAUGACUUGCGCGCCGUAUCUAGCCCUCCGCGUAUUGAAAUGCCUUGUGGAUGAUGAAGGUGAUCGGUUUCCCCUCGCGUCCUCCAUCAUCCGCAAUCAAAUCUACGUCGACGACGUCUUAUUCGGAGACGACGAUAUUAGUUCUCUGCGACAACGUCGUGAUCAACUCGUCAACUUAAUGCGUUGCGGUAAAUUCGAGCUGCGUAAAUGGGCAAGCAACUCUCCGGCGCUGUUGGAGGAUAUCGAUCCCUCUGGUCAUGGGUUAGCAUGCAGUAAAACGAUUGCCGAUGACGAAAAGAUUAAGGUUCUCGGGAUCGUAUGGAAUCCCGCGCGCGACACGUUUCAGUUCAGGGUCACCAUCAAUAGGUCAAUUCCGGAGAGCAAACGGGAGAUUCUGUCGACAAUAGCGAAGCUUUUCGAUCCUCUGGGCUGGGUGUCGCCUGUUAUAAUAGCUGCGAAAAUCUUUAUGCAACACCUGUGGAGGUCUCAACUGACGUGGGAUCAAAAGAUUCCUGACGAUCUUCAGGCUCGAUGGCAACUUAUUUUCUCCAAACUGACAUUUCUUAAUGACGUGUCGAUCCCUCGGUGGACGAGAGUACAGCCCGACGGUCAGAUUGAGCUUCACGGCUUCGCCGAUGCAUCCUCUAAUGCAUACGCGGCUGUGAUUUAUCUUCGAUCAAUAUCCUCAUCUGGCGAAGUUUCAGUUUCACUCCUUACCAGCAAAUCCAAGGUCGCUCCGGUGACCCCCCUCACUAUCCCUCGCCUCGAAUUGUCCGCUACCUUACUUCUCAGCUCCCUCAUGCAUUUCGUCAUAACUUCUCUUGAUCUCAGCUCCGUUCCGAUCUUCCUGUGGACGUUCCACUAUCGUGCUGACAUGGUUGCGAUCUCAUCCUUCUCGGUGGACAACAUUUGUGGCCAAUCGCGUUGCUCGAAUUCAAGCAAUCAUGUCGGACGUUGCGUGGCGUUACGUUCCUACCUCGAGCAAUCCUGCCGACUGCGCUUCGCGCGGCAUUCAUGCGGAUGA